CCCCUUUGCUCCACCCGCUACCCCCCUCUACCUCUCACCUACUUCCAUAUAUUAACCCCUUAACCAACCCUCCCAAAAAAAUAGGGAAGGUUUUAGUAAUAACUUACAUUACAUACCUUCUCUUUCUAUCCUCACUAAUAAACUUUUCUUCAUUCCUACUUUUCUCAUCAACUAUUAUUAUCACAUACAUACAUUUCUUAAACAUGGGUUCCGAACAAGUGAGCAACAACCAUAUUGAUGAGCGACAUGAGGUUGACAAGGUUGUUGAGCGUAAGGAGUUUGUGUUUCGGUCCAAGCUCCCGGACAUCUACAUUCCUAACCACCUCCCCCUACACCAGUAUUGUUUUGAGAAUCUACGUGAACAUGGUAGCCGCCCGUGUUUGAUUGACGGCCCAACAGGGAGGGAAUGGACUUACGAGGAGGUGGAACAGACGGCCAGACGUGUUGGAGCUGGGUUUCAUCACAAGCUCGGGUUGCAGAAGGGUCAGGUGAUCAUGCUACUCCUCCAGAAUAGCCCCGAGUUUAUAUUCUCCUUCCUCGGGGCAUCCUUCAUCGGAGCCGUAAGCACGACGGCCAACCCAUUCUGCACCUCGGCCGAGAUUGAGAAGCAGGCUCGAGCUAGUGGAGCUCGAGCCAUCCUCACCCAGUCCGCCUUCGCGGACAAGGUGAAGUCCUAUUGUGAAGAGAACAACAUUCAUAUAAUCAUCGUGGAUGCCAUAUCUCCAGAUGGUCCCCACCCCAACGAGUACAAGCACUUCUGGGACCUAGUUGGGACCCAAGGGGAGGAAAACAACUUACCCGAGGCAAAUAUAACCCCAGAUGAUGUGGUAGCACUACCUUAUUCUUCAGGCACCACAGGCCUCCCUAAGGGCGUGAUGCUCACGCACAAAAGCCUUGUGACAAGUGUCGCACAACAAGUGGACGGGGAAAACCCGAACCUCUACUUCAAUAGCGAAGAUGUCAUCCUAUGUGUAUUACCCUUGUUCCACAUCUACUCCCUUAACUCCGUGUUGCUGUGUGCUCUACGCGUUGGGGCCGCGAUUCUUGUAAUGCCGAAAUUCGACAUAUACAUGUUGAUGGAACUAGUCCAAAAAUAUAAAGUUACAAUUGCACCCUUCGUACCUCCAAUUGUUUUAGCAAUCGCAAAAAACCCGGACAUGGACAAAUACGACCUUUCAUCGGUAAGGGUAGUAUUGUCCGGAGCAGCACCCAUGGGUAAAGAUCUUGAAGACGCUGUUAGAGCUAAACUACCAAAUGCCAAACUUGGACAGGGUUAUGGAAUGACCGAGGCAGGACCAGUGUUAGCCAUGUGUUUGGCAUUUGCAAAAGAGCCUAUGGAUGUAAAGUCUGGAUCAUGUGGGACAGUUGUACGAAAUGCUGAGUUAAAGAUUGUUGAUCCUGAUACCGGUCUUUCUUUACCUAGAAACCAAUCUGGAGAAAUUUGCAUUCGUGGUAGCCAAAUCAUGAAAGGUUACUUGAAUGACCCGGAGGCAACAGCAAACACCAUAGACAAAGAAGGAUGGUUGCACACCGGCGACAUCGGAUUUGUCGACGAUGAUGAUGAGAUCUUCAUCGUUGAUCGGCUAAAGGAAUUGAUCAAGUACAAGGGCUUCCAAGUAGCCCCUGCUGAGCUUGAAGGCAUGCUUAUCAACCAUCCUAAUAUCCAUGAUGCUGCAGUUGUUGCAAUGCAAGAUGAGGCUGCUGGUGAAGUUCCUGUUGCAUUUGUUGUAAGAUCAAAUGGCUCUCAAAUUAGUGAAGAUGAUGUUAAGCAAUACAUCUCCAAACAGGUUGUAUUUUAUAAGAGAAUAUACCGAGUUUUCUUUGUGGAAUCAAUCCCUAAACUACCAUCAGGGAAAAUCUUAAGGAAAGAGCUAAGAGCAAGAUUAGCAAAUGGCAUAACUAAAUAGGGUUUUAACAGCCAUUUAAUUAACCCAAGUUUGAAAAUUACCAAGGCAUUACUUCCUAGCAAGAGCAACUUAUGCAACAAUGCAAUGUGAAGCAAGGAUGUCAGUAAAUAUAUGAUUUGUACCAAAAGAAUAACCUUUUGGCUUUAAAUUCCUUUUUUUUUUCUUUUCUUUUUUUUUUUUUUUUUUUGGGGGGGGCAAUUUGGAAAGGGAAGGUGUUGGAAAUUUCAAUUAAUUACUUCUAUAUUUCUAUGUCAUCUUUUAUAACUUUAUUGUAUAUGAUGUCAUGGACUUUCUAGCUAUAUGAAGAUUUACCUUCUUUUAAUUUGAUUAA